UGCGGCCGCUGCGCACCGCCAUCUUCCUGGUGGACCGCCGCCUCACCGUCCUGGGCAGCCCGCUGCUGCUGUCGCUCCGCAACAUCGCCGCAGUCAAGGCCGCCCUCACCGGGGAUGACGCCAACCCUAAGCCUGAAAACGUCACUAUCAACCACAGAGCACUGUGUCUGGGAGGCUGCAAGCGCGGCGACGGCCCCGUGUGUGGCAGCGACGGCCGGGACUUCCCCGACACGUGUGCCCUGCGGCAGGCCUCCUGCCACUCCGACGUCGCCAUCACCGUCCUUUACCGAGGUGUCUGCGAGCCGUGCCGGGACGUGCGGUGCAGCGAGGAGGGCGCGGUGUGCCGGGUGUCGGUGUCCGGGCCGCGGCGGCAGGCGCAGUGCUCGUGCGGCGGCGGCUGCCGGGGGCCGCCUCAGCGUGAACCCGUGCGCGGCGGCCGCUUGCCCGGCCGCGGGCCCCGGCGCCGGCGCCGGCGGCUGGCCGCGCUGCCUGGUGUCGCCGUCGUCCGGCGAGGCGCGCUGCCUCUGCCCGCCCGCCUGCCCCGCCGCCGCGGCGCCCGUUUGCGGCUCCGACGGCCGCUCCUACCAGACGCUGUGCCACCUGCGCAGGGACGCCUGCCUGCGCCGGGACCCCGCCCUGCACGUGCUGCACGCCGGCGCGCCCUGCGGUGCGGCAGAGAAGUGCGCGUGCUCCGGCGGCGAGGUGUGCGUGCUGCGCGCCGGCCGCUCCCUGUGCGAGUGCCCCGAGUGCCCGGCUAGCGGCGGUGACGCAGACGUCGACGACGCAGAGGGCGGCCGCGGGGAGGAGGUGUGCGGCAGCGACGGCCGCCGCUACGCCAGCCCCUGCCUGCUGCGGCGCGCCGCCUGCCUCGCCGGCAACACGCUCACCCAGGCCGCUCCAGAAGUCUGCCGCACUGCUGGCGACUCAGGCCUCCGACUGACAGAGAACGCUGGACAACUGAGGCACUGCGAAUGUGACAGCAGAGGAUCCGUGUCGGACAGCUGCGACCCUACCACUGGGCAAUGUGUGUGUAAGAGAGGCUUCACGGGGUUCAAGUGUGAGCAGUGCCAACCCGACUUCUGGGAGAGCCACGGCGCGCGAGAUGGCGUUCAUGCAUGUGGAGGAGGUUUCCAGGACCGCGACCCGCCGGAAGCAGUGGUGAAGCAGGCGAGGAAGGGCUCCAAGUCGCCGCGGCACCUGCUGCCUCGCGGCCACAAGCGCAGCCGGCAGCCCUCCGAGCCGGAGAGGGAGCCGGGCUUCAUGGCCGACCAAGCCGUCCAGGACCUGGGCUACCGGCGCUCUGAGGCGGUGCGGGCGCCGCCGCAGGUGGUGAGCGCGCGGGUGGCGGGGGCGGCGCUGCUGGGCGAGCCGUGCGCCGCCGACGCCGACUGCGCGUCGCCGCACUCCGCCUGCAGCCAGGGCGCGUGCGCCUGCGCGGACGGCUAUACGCGCGCCACCGACGCGCUCUGCAUCCCUGAGGACAUUCCGGCCUUCGACGGAAACUCAUACAUGCGACUGAAAGCGCUGGAGGCGUACAACAAGCUGAGCAUCGAGGUGGAGUUCAAGACGUACGAGAGCAACGGCAUCAUCCUGUACACGCAGCAGGAGGACGACGGCACGGGAGACUACGUGUCGCUGGCCGUCGUUAAUGGGCGCGUGCAGUUCCGGCUGAACGUGGGCAACGGCCCGCUGGUGCUGGAGAGCGGCGAGCGCGUGUCGGACGGCGAGUGGCACCGCGCCGUGGCGCGCCGCUACCACCGCGACGCCGCGCUGCGCGUCGACGCCGGGCAAGAGGCGGCCGGCCAGUCGCACGGCACGCACCAGUUCCUAGACCUGCGCCAGCCCGCCUUCCUCGGCUUCGUGCCCUCCAACUACUCCAGGGUGUACGGCAACGCGGGCGCCUCCUCGGGCCUGGUGGGCUGCGUGCGCGCGCUGCGCGUGGGCGGGCUGCGGGUGGCGCUGUCUGGCGCGGCGGCGCGCAGGGCCUCCGUGGCGGUGCGCCGCUGCCCGCCCUGCCCCGCGGGGGACCCGCGCUGCCUGCGGCCGCCCGGCUGCCUCCGCAACCUCACCACAGGUGGUUCCUGCUCGUCCAGCCGGUUCGACCCGUGCGCCUCUAGCCCCUGCGUGGGCGGCUCGACUUGUGAGCCGCUGGCUGGGGGUGGCUUCUUCUGCAACUGCAGCCGCGGAGCCGCCUGCGACACGGAGGGCAGCACGUUCGUGGCAGCGCUCGACGGCAGUUCUUCGCUGGAGCUGGCGUGGCCCGAGGGCGCUGGAGCGGCGCUGUCGCUGGAUCUGUGGUUCCUGGCAGAGCAGCCUGACGGCGUGCUUCUGUCUGCUGGCGGGGGAGGACGAGCUGGAGGCGGAGACUUCCUGUGGUUGGCGCUGGUCGGCGGCCGCCUUCAGCUGCGCUUCAACCUGGGCAGCGGCGCCGCCACCGUCACGUCCCCGCAGAGGGCAGAGCUCGGCCGCUGGCAGCGCGCUUUGGUGAGUCGCGCAGGGCGGAAGGCGUGGCUGAGGUUGGGCGAGGAGGAAGGGCUGCUGGCCGCGGGGGAGGCACCGCCCCCACUCGCCAGGCUCGACCUGCGCAGCCCGCUGCUGCUGGGAGCCCCCCGCGGCGAGGGCGUCCCGGCGGCGGCGGGCCUGCGCGGCGCCGUGCAGCGGCUGUCCGUCAACGGCCGCCUGCUGGAGCUGGGGACGGCCGCGGCGCAGGCGUCGCCCUCCGUGCCGCCAUGGCGAGGGCCGCUCUGCGCGCACCCACACUGCCUGCCGCGCUGUCAGCUCGGCGGCCGCUGCAGCCAAGGUGAUCGUAACGACUCAAUCAGUGAAAGACCAGUCAAAUUUACGGGAUCUUCAUUUUUCCGCCUUCCAAAUAAAGUAAUAAAAAGGAAGAAGACGGAGCAAGCCAACCGGUACGAGAUCGUAUUCAGGACGAUGGAGUUAAACGGGCUGUUGCUGUGGCUGAGUAAAGGCAGAACGGCUACGAACCACUUCUCUCUGGCGGUCGUCAAUGGACAAGUGGAGAUGAGCUUCGGCCUGGGACGGAGGCACAAGUCGCUCCUCAUCAGGUCGCAGGUGUGGGUGAGCGACGGCGCGUGGCACCGCGUGGUGGCGCUGCGGCACCGCUGGAGGGCGGCGCUCAGGGUCGACGCCGGGGCUCCGGGACGAGGGGCGGCGGCCGGCGGCGCCGCUGCCACGCUGCGCUCCAACGGCUGGCUCUGCAUAGGCGGGUCCCGCUCCUUGCCGCCUGGUUUGCCAAUGUCCUACUACGUCGGCUUCAAAGGCUGCGUCAAGGAACUUCUGGUGUCCAGAAAACAACUCAGCGUCCUGGAGAGAGUUGAUGAACACAAAAACUUCAUUGAAUACUGCCACGAAAACGAAGUGUGAUUGACCAUCGUGCCAACGGACAUUUGUUAUACAGUUCCUGCGUAUCGUGAAUUCAGAUGGUUUUCAAUAAUACUCUAACCGCGUGCAGUUUUUAUAUGUGGUGCGCUUUCAUUCUGAUUUUUGAAUGAAAAGGAUGCUUUAACAAGGAGAAACUUGUUACCUGCAGAAGACUACUGACUUUUAUUUAAAUAGCCGAAAUAACCAUUACGUAAAUACUCAAAACAUUUCUUCUAUUUCAACGUUUCUUUUCUUCGUUUCCUGUUUACUUUACGUGCAUUAACAUUGCGGCGGUCAGUGUAAGGAGUGGCAGAUAGUAAUGUGAAAUGUGAUAACAUUCUAGUCCAUAUAACGUGACUGUAUGAUUUUGUGUCAAAUUGUGUGACGUAUAGUGUAUGCGGAGCAGUAACUCUGGCCGAAUGCCUUCUUGGAACACUAAAGACAUCUGACAGCUGCGUAAUUUUUACGUUGUAAAAAAAUUGUAAAAACAGCUGUUCUCGUCCCAACUACUGUUAAGUCCGGUAGUUGGGCGUUUGCAGUAGCCUCAUUGUUGAACUGGAUUAGAACAGUAGUACCUGGUUGUGUCUACGGACUUCUAAGCUUUAAGAUAUGUGCUCCGAAUUUCUUUUUUUAAGUAUUUGUCUCAUACUAGUAACUCCUUUAGUUUCAUGUGUACAAAAUGUACGUUGGUUCGAGACAUGUGUAAACAAAAUAUUUUUGUAUAUCGAGAAAUAGCAAUAAUUAAUAACGUAAUUUUAAAAUCAGUGACAAUAAGGUACAAAUAAUACGUGAGCUACCAGUGGGUUGUGGAUUGCUUCUAAUGAUAGAAAAACUGCCACUGAAUCACUCUUCCAUUUUUAAGACUUGUGUUCAAAUUUUAAGACCUAGUACAUACAU